AGGACCUAUUCUAGAGGUUAUUGUAUCACGAAUGAAUUACAUCAGUUCUCAAACCGAAAACAAAGUUCGUAUUGUUGGGUUAUCAACAGUUUUAGCAAACGCUCAGGAUCUAGCAGACUGGUUGUGUAUUGAUGAGGGUGGAUUGUUCAAUUUUAGUCAUUCAGUACGUCCUGUUCCAUUAGAAAUUCAUAUUGAAGGAUUUUCUGGAAGACACUAUUGUCCUCGUAUGGCUACUAUGAAUAAACCGAUCUUUAUUAAUAUUAUGAGACAUUCUCCUAUAAAGCCUGUAAUUGUUUUCGUUUCAUCACGACGCCAAACACGUUUGACAGCUCAGGAUUUGAUUGCGUAUUGUUGCUUGACUGAGAACCCUUAUCAUUUUUUGAGAAUGACUAAAGAAGAAUUACAAAUCAAUCUAUCUCAAAUCAAGGAUAGUAGCAUGAAAAGUACUCUUACUUUUGGCAUUGGGCUGCACCAUGCUGGAUUAUCUGAAAGUGAUCGGAUGAUAAUAGAAUUAUUAUUUCUACAACAAAAAAUUCAAGUUUUAGUUUCAACUAGCACCUUGGCUUGGGGCGUGAAUUUACCCGCUCAUUUGGUUGUAAUCAAAGGAACCGAAUUCUAUGAUGCCAAGUCUAAAGGAUAUGUAGAUUUUCCUAUUACUGAUGUACUCCAAAUGAUGAGUAGAGCUGGUCGUCCGCAAUUCGAUGAUAGUGGGGUUGCUUGUAUAUUUGUACAGGAUUCAAAAAAGAAUUUUUAUAAAAAAUUUUUGUAUGAACCUUUCCCGGUAGAGUCCAGCUUACAUAUGCAACUUGAAAAUCAUUUCAAUGCCGAAAUAGUUGCUGCUUAUUAUGAAUUAAAUGAUGCCGAAUUCAAAACUAUUGACGAUUAUCUAUUCAAGCUGUUUGAAAAAUCUAUGAAAGAGUUAAGUCUUUCUUAUUGUAUUAAAAUGGAUGAUGAUUUUAAUGUGGAACUGACUUCCCUUGGCAGGCUUGCAUCAUCAUAUUAUCUUUCACAUAAAAUGAUCAGACUCGAACUUCCUUGGUCUGUUCAAUCUCAUUAUUCAUAUGAUAGCCUACAUGCGAAAGCAUUUUUACUUUUGCAGGCUCAUCUUAUACGGAACAAAUUGGCAAUAGCUGAUUAUGUAACAGACACUCUAUCGGUUUUAGAUCAAGCAAUUCGUAUUUUACAUUUAAUUAUUGAUAUCAUGGUCGUAAAUAAUAUGUUAAAAGCAUGUCUUCAUAUGAUGUCAUUAUUACAAUGCAUUAAACAGGCAUGUUGGCCUGAAAGUUCAUCAUUGCUGAAUCUUCCUGGAAUUGAAGAUCAUAUGAUUAAUUCA